GGGCGCGGGGCCCUUGCUGGUCGCAGCAGCCCUCGCGGCGGGGCAUCCCCUGGCCGUGCCGCCGCCGCCGCCGGCGGCGCGGGGCGAUCUCCAAGCGGCGAUCUCCAAGCACUGCCCGGCUCGGCGGCGGGCCAGGAGGGGAGGGUCCGGCCUUGCCCGGCCUCCGCGCCAUGCCGCGGGCCGUGUGAGCCGCCGCGGGCUCCGAAGCCCGCAGGUGCCGGCGGGCGCGCCAGGCCCGGCUGGGGAGGGGGGCGCUGCGCUCGCCAUGCUGCGAGGGCCGCGGGCCCUGGCUCCGGCCGCGGGGCCGCCCCCCAAGGGUCUGCCCACGAUGAGCCCCACGGAGCUGUGGCCGCCCGGCCUCAGCAGCCCUCAGCUCUGCCCGGCCACCACCACCUACUACACCCAGCUGUACCCGCAGACUGUGCCUCCCGCUGCGGCGCCGGGCACCUGCCUCGACGCCACCCCCCACGGACCGGAGGGCCAAGCUGUGCGAUGCGUGCCUGCUGGCCGGCUGCCGGCCAAAAGGAAGCUGGACCUGGAGGGGAUCGGGAGGCCUGUGGUCCCUGAAUUCCGGACUCCCAAGCGGAAGUGCAUUAGAGUGGAUGGCCUCCCCAGCCCCAAAACCCCCAAGUCGCCUGGGGAGAAGACUCGCUAUGACACGUCGCUGGGGCUGCUCACCAAGAAAUUCAUUUACCUCCUGAGCGAGUCUGAGGAUGGGGUCCUGGACCUUAACUGGGCGGCUGAGGUGCUGGACGUGCAGAAGCGGCGCAUCUACGACAUAACCAAUGUGCUGGAGGGCAUCCAGCUCAUCCGCAAGAAGGCCAAGAACAACAUCCAGUGGGUAGGCAGAGGACUGUUUGAAGACCCCACCCGGCCUGGGAAGCAGCAGCAGCUGGGGCAGGAGCUGAAGGAGCUAAUGAGCAUGGAGCAGGCCUUGGACCAGCUCAUCCAGAGCUGCUCUCUGAACUUCAAGCACCUGACGGAAGACAAGGCCAACAAGAGACUGGCCUACGUGACUUACCAGGACAUCCGUGCUGUGGGCAACUUUAAGGAGCAGACGGUGAUCGCUGUCAAGGCCCCUCCGCAGACGAGACUGGAAGUGCCUGACAGGAGCGAGGAGAACCUGCAGAUAUAUCUGAAGAGCACGCAGGGGCCCAUCGAAGUCUACCUGUGCCCAGAAGAGGUGCAGGAGCCCAACAGUCCUGCCAAGGAGCCCCUCCCCUCCACCUCCGCCCUCAGUCCCAGCCCUGACGCCACCCAGCCCAGCAGCAGCAUCAACCCUGGAAUCACGGAAUCCACGGCAUCCUCAGCACCAGCGCUGACGUCCCAGCAGGUCCUGCCGCCACUCCUGCCGUCCCUUGUCCCGCUGGAGGCCACCGACAGCAUGCUGGAGCCGUCACACCCACUCCUGCAGCAGACCGAAGACCAGCUCCUGUCCCCGACACCGCCGUGCGGCUCCCCUCUGAUCAGCUUCUCCCCGCCCUUGGACCAGGACAGCUACCUGUGGGGCCUGGAUGGCGGGGAGGGCAUCAGUGACCUCUUCGACACCUAUGACCUCGGGGACCUGCUGGUUAACUGAAUGGCCCCUGCCUGUGCCCCGGCAACCCCGCCAGUCUCCACCUCCUCACAGGCAGACUGACAGGCCCUCUGCCUGCACAGAUGUGACACGAGGUGCUGCCCUCAGGGUAUGGGGGUCCCCCCUUUUCCUUUCCUACCUACCACCUGCCGGCCACGCUGUCGGGGGAACGUGACAGGAUUACGGGGGAGGAGCCUGUCAGGGGUUGGGUUCCUGUCCUCUUCAUGGAAACUGGGCCUGGGAAGACCCAGCCAGUCUUCUGACCUCUGACCUCUCAUGUGAAGGGCCACAGGGGAGGUGACCAGGUCCAAGGAGAGGCCCUGCAACUGCCUUUAGAGGGGCAAUUAGGACCCUCUGUUUAUCAAGAAGCACUUAAUGCCUUUGUAUUUAUUUCAGGUUGAGUUUUGUUUGUUUGCCUUCCCUGAGUUUUAGCAGGGAGGUUGUUCUAGUUCCUAGGAAGACGUCUCCUCCGACAGGUCCAAGGGCAGGCCGGGGCUUGCAGGGGCCCAGGCCAACUCCCUGACUCCCCCCAGCAAUGGGGACUGGGCCUCAGGGGCCAUCCAGUCUGCUGGAAUGCCAGUUGCACUUCAGCCUCCUAAUUCUCUCGAGCGGGGGCUGCAGGAUUCCUGGUCUCCUCUGUCCCAGAAUUGGUUCCAGGGAGUCAGCCGAGAAGAGGUCCCGGGGAAACUGGGGCACGAACGUGGAAGUAGCUGUCCGCUGCUGUGGGCACCUUUCCUCCGUUGUUGCCUCUUGCUGGGACAGGGGCUGUUUUACACUGAGGACCUGGGCGGCAGAGACAGCCCCACUAUGGACAAGGGUACGAAUGAACUAAGAAACUGCCAGAAAGCACCUCUGCUGGUAGCUGCUGGUAUCGUCCUCCCCUUCCCUAGAAGGAUUUUUUUUGCCGCAUCUGUUGAAGGGGGUGAUUCUUUAAGGACCUCCCCUUCCCCCCAGCUGUCACAGAGACCCCCAGGGACAGAAGUGACCACGGCUUGAUGGCAUGUUGGCUCCUUUUGUCACAGGAUGCUGCAGGGGUGACAGGGAAGAGUCUUCAUUGCAGACCAGACGUUGGCAGCUAAUGGGGAGACGGGCUUAUGUUACCUCUUCAGGCUUGGGGUCCUAAGAAGGUCUUUUGACCUCACUGCAUCCCCCAGAGGCUUGACCAUCCCACAUUGUCCCCGUAGCCCAGCUGGGUAUGGGGCAGUCAACUCUCCUCCCCCUCCCAACUUGGGGUGGGGGGGGGGGCUCUGGACUGAGCCAAGGCUGUGCCUUCCUGAGAGAGGCAGCCGGGGGUGGUGGUCUGAGAGACCCACCGCCCACCCUCAGGGAGCUAGGUUUCCUCAGGGGCUCAGCUGGGCAGCACUUUUAUUUUUUUAAGUUUGUAGCAUUAAGUUGGUUUCAAAUAUGAAGUUGGCUCCAUGGGAUUGCUCCUGAGCUGACCUACUGGCUUCUGAAGUUUGGAAGGCGGGCUUCUUUGGGGGUGGGGUCCAAUGUGAGCUAAUGCCCAGCUGGGGACAGUCAGGCCUUGUCAUUUGCUCAACUUCCUGGGUCCCCAAGUUAGUGCCCUCUUAGGAAUGGUCACAGAUACCCUGCUCUAUAAACAGGGCUAGUUUUUUAUGCUUUACAGAGGUGACUUUGGUCUCUAUUCUCUAAAUACUCACACAGGGGUCUCAUCAGAAGGCAGUUUUGAAGCCCAGCAUGCCUAGGGCCAAGGGACCACCUUGGCCCUUGGGUGGGGGGAAGGGGUGCUGCCGGGGAUCUGGUUUGGGGCGGGUGGGGCUGGAGAUGGCAUAGCUGUUGUGAGCUCUCUGCUGGGCCGCCACCUAGCCAUGCGCCAUAUCUGAGGACAGAGCUGUCUGACUUCCAUGCCUUGAGCUCUCUCUAGAACUUUCUCCUAGAAUUAAAUCAUAGAAAAGGGAAAUGAAUUUAAUAGUGAAGUCCAGCCAGAAUUGAAGCUCAUCCCCAAAGCCCAGCCAAAGGGCUGGACAGAGAGGCUGUCCCUUGGACCCAUGACCUAUAUCCAGAGCAGCUGGCACUCCUGCCGUCCUGUCCCCUCCACACCUGUCCUGGCCCAGCGGCGGGACCACCCAGGCCAAGCCUCAGGCUUGGUGUAAGAAACAAGCUUGUGCCUCUUUCUUCCCGGUGAUGCCUGAAACCUCCCAAGUUCCGUCAAGUACUUUAAGAAGCAUUUUGAGUGGAAUUCCCUUCAGGACCCAGGUAAACUUUAAAACCAGGGUAGAAGAAAAGACAGUUUCUUUCUGAGGUAAAUUAUUUCUGCCAGGAAAUUUCCCAGCCGCUCUGGCAGCCCCCCACCCCACCCCUGUCACUCGUGUCCCCAGGGGCAUCAAAGGCUCAGGGACUCCCCGGAACCCAGUAGCAUUAAAUUGUUCAGUAGAGUUGGAGAUUCAAAGAGAUUUCUUAAAACCAGAGUAGCAUCUCUCCUCCACAGCCACGCUGUGGUCUGAGCAGUGCGGCUACCGGGAAGAAGAGGGGGAUGGUGGAGCGUGUUAAAACUGGCUGUAGUGUGGUUUUGACUUUAUUUCCUCUUUCCAGGUGUUCAGCCUCAGUUCUGCGCCGUGUUUAGUUUUUAGUGAAAGAGUUUGCGUGCUCCUGCGUCCAAGCAUUGUGUGGCUUAAAGCAUUUGAAGUGAAAGACUUUUGGGGUUGUUUGCAAGCAGCUUUCUGGUUCUCAUCACUGUGUCCUGAGGUCCCCACCUCAUCCUAGGACCCUAGCCUACCAUGGGGACCCUCGGUGAGCAGAAGCCCAGCCAGCCUGCUGGCUCCUGGGUAAGUGCUGAAGCCUUGUAUGUGGCACAUGUGUCUAGAGGGACCCUGGUCUCUGUGCUGGGAUUCCAUUCGGGUCACUCACCUCUGGCCGGGUUUCUGGUUUUGCCCUGCGUCCUGCCUUGACGAGCACCAUGUAAACCUCCACGUGUUGUGAUGAUUGGGCAUUAAAUGACA